AUGUCCGGUGAUAUUAACACCCAGGUGGAUAUGUCCAGCCUCUCCUUAGCAGAUCUAGGCCAGUUCUCAACCCAGCUAUCUGUACUGUCUGCCGACAAUGUACAACCUGCUGCAAUGCUCCAGCUGCAAGAGCUGGGCGCUGUGUUUCCCACCAGUGGGCCGGUUGCCAAAAAUGUUCCAAACCAUUUAUUACGAUGUAAGAGCCGGCGCAUCGAGCGCUUGGGGCUUAUCAUCGGUUGGCGUGAGGGUGACUCCGCCUCUCUGAUGGCACAAUCAGCGGGCGGCCAAGCUAUUUCAUUAGUGGCCACCUGCUUGUGGAAUACUUAUGGUGAACGGACGGGAGAGAUUCUUUACGAUCUUUCUGGUCUUUUGCUGCCUCAUUCUUCCGGUGUCAGCAGCCCAGAUCUUCUGAACCAAGCAGCAGAGGUCGUCGCCAACAAACUUGCCAUCAUAGGGUUCGGAAGUGCGGUUGCGGAGCAAACUUGCCGCAUUUAUGAUGCCUAUCAGAACCUAGCGGAAAGCCCCCCAGACAAUAUUUUAGCUGGGAUUCCCGCAGCAGAGAUGGUGGAACUUCUCUCCAAAGCAUCUCGCGCUCUGCGAGAAGACAAAUCCGAACUAAGAAUACGGGGAACCCAUGGUAUGGGAUACGUGGCAGCUCUUGCAAUCACGCUGUUCUCAGACGACUGUGUUGUGACUCUUGAAACUAGCACCAUCCACAAUGGGAAACGCUCAGCUUCCAUAUUCGUCGAGAUACAAGUAUUGCCAGGCGCCGAUUUCCUUGAGGUGCAUUUUAUGGAUAAAAUCGACGAUAUCGGCUCGUUCUUCAAUACAAUGCACCCGGAGCCUCAUCAUCUACAAAUCGAGCAGUUCAAGUUCUUCUGGAAAGGAAGCAUAGCUGCAAUGAUCAGUUUCGAACUCGGGAUGCUCAAUCUUCCAUACUCUUCCGACCUCGUGGAAGCUCUAGCAGUAUGUGCACUCGCUAUGGCAAACAGUGUUUACAUCCAUACAAAUUUAGUCCGCCACCUGAAAUGGUUAGUUGACAACCCAGACGCCUCGAGUAGACGCCUGCUUGUCAGAAGUUUGGGAGAUGACUAUCUUUCGUUAAUACGCCAGCGAUAUGAAUUUUCAACAGGGCUUGAAAUGCCCCAGUCAUGGCCUUCUUUUCCAGAAGCGCGAAAGCUGCUCGUAGAUACCGCAAGUGGUGUCUUUCCAGCCAGAGAGCAAACAUUCAGAGAGCAACACGACGAAGACAUGGACUCCAGCUCAUCAUUUGAAUCAGUUAGACCGGCAAGUGUUAUUCCGAUGGGGUAUUUUAUGCAUCGAGAUGAUACGGAAACGUACGGCAUGACCGGAUUUGAAGGUGGCCAGGGAUAUUAUGGUACCGACUUCUACGAGAAUGAAACUUUCUCCUGGGACGAGAGGUCAAUUCUUGAAGUCCUUUCAGGAAUGGAGAGCUUUCAGAUAGCAUGGUCAACCGGGUCCGAGACAUGGGUUCCAGCUCCCUAUUUGGCUCUCGACGAUGACGAUAUCUGUAGCCAUCGAUACAUCGAGGUUCUAGAUGGAUCCAUUAUUCACAAUGGCCGAUACUAUCGAGAAAUCCGGGGCCUAGAAAUGUUUUACCCGCGCGAAAACCUAGCAGACGAGCUUCAGGCGGCUUCUAUAAAACCGUCUUCAGCUGGCGCUAUGAAUGAUAUGUCCAUGCAAGUGGAGCCUAGCGGAAGGCACUUGACUUUACAGACCCAGAUAACGGUAUCGGGUCAGACCUGGCCAAUCAACUUUACGAAAUGCGUCGCUGGCUUGUUCGGUCUACUGAAAACAGUGCCAUGCGAGCAUUCGCGAAUGACGCCUUUGAAAGACGAGUAUUCCAGCCAAGUAUUGGUGGUUACAGUGGCUCCAUUCAACAUGGAUCCAUACCGUGGAAAGAAGAUUGUGGUUCAGACUGCUGGAAACCCAAUAGCGCAGAUUGUAGCGUUAUGGGGUCAUGCUCGUGUCGGCUACACCUCCAUCUUGUGUCAAAGGUGCUGUCUCAAUUGUGCAUUUGAGCAGUCGAGAAAAGUGAUAGCUAGAACAAUUAUUGUUAGUUAG